UCUAAUCUCGUUCGCAUCUUUUCUCUCGCGAUAUGUUUCAUACCUUUAGCGUAUUUUACGUAUGUGAGAAGAGAAACAACUUUAUCCUAGAGGCAUGAGUGUAACACUCACAGAGGGGGCAAUCGAAGCCCUGCACAAUGGCUUGCAGGUGGACACUCCCGUGCUGCAGCUGUUGAAGAAGUGCCAGAUCACUAAUACAUCAGGCCCACCCAGGUUCCGACUCGCAAUGAGUGAUGGUCAGCACUCUUUGUCUUCCUUCCUGCUGGCCACUCAGCUAAACCAUCUACCAGAAAAUAACCUCCUGGUACCAAACUGUGUGUGUAUUUUGAAGAAGACCAUCACCAGCACAUUGGCAGAUGGCAGGCGUGUGGUAGUUGUGACAGACAUGGAGAUAUUGCAGUCUGCUGAGGAAGCUGGAAGGAAGAUUGGAAAUCCUACUCCGUAUAAUGCAGAGAGUAGGAUGUCAGCUUCAGAGAAUUUGUUAUCAAGCACCUCUGUCUCAGCAUCACCUCCACCUGCUGCCAAUCCCGGGCCCUCCUAUAAAAACAACAGCAAAGUCCAUGCUCCCCAAGGCAGUGGAAGAGGUUUUGUGGAAAAGUCCCCCAUGAAGUUUACACCCACAGAGGCGUCCCCCAUGAAGUUUACACCCACAGAGGCGUCCCCCAUGAAGUUUACACCCACAGAGGCGUCCCCCAUGAAGUACACGCCCAAAAAGGUGUCGCCUGUGAAGUUUACACCCACAGAGGCGUCCCCCAUGAAGUACACGCCCAAAAAGGUGUCGCCCGUGAUGUUUUCACCUGCAGAGGCAUCCCCCAUGAAGACUUCACCCAUGAAGUUCACACCCGAAAAGGUGUCGCCCAUGAAGUUUUCACCUACAAAGAUGUCCCCCAUGAAGUACACCCCCAAAAAGGUGUCGCCCAUGAAGGCUACCAGCGCUUCCCCAGGUUCCACACCAAAAGUGAUCCCUAUUGCUAACCUCAACCCCUACCAAAGCAAGUGGGCUGUCAGAGCCCGAGUCACCAGCAAGUCCAGUAUCCGAACCUGGAGUAACUCUAGAGGAGACGGCAAGCUCUUCUCCUUUGAGAUAGUGGAUGAGAGUGGUGAAAUCAGGAUCACAGCCUUCAACAAGGAAGUGGACAGUUUUUUCUCUCUCGUGGAGCAAGGCAAGGUAUACUACAUCUCCAAGGCUACGCUGAAGCCUGCUAACAAACAGUACACCACGGUGAAGCACGACUACGAGAUGACCCUCAAUGCUCAUUCAUCGAUUGUUCCGUGUGAUGACAGUCAGGGCAUCCCCACUGUGCACUGUGACUUUGUGCCUAUUGCGGAGCUGGAGAACAGACACAAGGACGCCAUCAUUGAUGUGAUCGGAGUGUGUAAGAGUGCAGAUGAUGUAUCCCGUAUCACCACUAAGACCAGCAGAGAAGUCUCCAAGAGGGCCCUCAGCCUAAUAGACACAACUGGCAAAGUGGUGACAGUCACACUCUGGGGAGAGGAGGCGGAGAGGUUUGAUGACUCUGGGCAGCCUGUGGUCGCCAUCAAAGGAGCUCGUUUGUCUGAUUUUGGGGGCAGAUCUCUCUCUGCUUUGUUCAGCUCAACAGUCAUGGUCAACCCAGACAUACCGGAGGCCUUUAGACUGCGGGCCUGGUAUGACCACGAAGGCUACGCUGCUGACAGCCAAUCCCUGACAGAAACGUGGUCAGUGAGCAGCGCAUCAAAGAUGAACUGGAAAGCACUGAGCGACGUUAAGGAUGAACACAUGGGACACGGAGAGAAGGCAGAGUAUUUCAGCUGUGUGGCAACAGUGCUGUACACUCGUAAAGAGAAUUGUCUGUACCAGGCCUGUCUAUCUGCAGACUGCAACAAGAAGGUUAUAGAACAACAGAACGGACGGUACCGCUGUGAAAAGUGUAACAGAGAGUUCCCCAACUUUAAAUACAGACUUCUGCUUUCUGCCAACUUAGCAGACUAUGGGGAUAACCAGUGGGUGACAUGCUUCCAGGAGACAGCUGAGGUCUUGUUAGGUCACAGUGCAGAAACACUGGGACAGCUCAGAGACACAGACGAGGCUGCAUUUGCAGAAGUCUUCCAUAAAGUCAACUUCACAACCCACAUCUUUAAAAACAGAGUCAAGCUGGAGACAUACAAUGAUGAGUGUCGAGUGAAGGUAACAGUAAUAGAAGUCCAGCCAGUCGACCACAGGGAAUACAGCAGGAGACUCCUCGGUAACAUCCGCAGAUUGGCCAGCUAAACUUGUUGCCAGUCAUCCAAAUGGCUGCCAGAAGAAUAAAUGUCUUUGACUGAUCUCUGACUGGUGUCCAAGCUUGUCCACCAGCUAGAUAAUGCAUAUGUGACAGAGACGUUAGAGGGCCAGAUGGUGAUUCCACAGCCAAACAAGGACACUUAUACGGUAACUUCCUUCAGCCGAUCACUUUUGUCAGUGGCUUUAACUUUUAAUUUAAUAACAUUUUAACAAGGGCUUGAUUAUUUACAACUACAUGUAUGUUUUAGACCUGCCUUUAUUUUCUUGCCUUUCAUGUAUCGUAGAAGCACUUUAUCUAUUUUUGUGACAUCUUUUUGAUUUUAUAUGUGUUGGUUGAUGUGCUGGGGAGAUGUAGCCAUUCGACUUUAUUUUAACGGUACGUGUUUAUUGCUUGUAAAAAUUCUUUAUUUUAGUUUAAAAAAAAGAAAUGUUUGGUUUGCUUUUUGGGUCUCCGAAUAAGAUUUGUGUGUUAUUAAAGAGAUGUUU